AUACCGAGGCAGAAGGAUCGUUAUAUGUGGUUGCAAGGUUGGCCAUCCCCCAGGUAGAUUGCGAUUGUUCUUUUGUCCCUCCUCUCUUCCCAGACCAUCUCCAAAAUGGCUCAGCAGAUACAAGGAAAGACAGCGAUUGUCACGGGCGCUGGCUCUGGCAUCAAUCUCGAGUUUGCCCGUCUGCUUCUGGAACAUGGCGCCAACGUUCUGUUUGCCGACCUUGGGCUCCGACCAGAAGCCGAGAAACUGGUCCAGAAGUAUCAAUCAACUCCGAACAAGGCCGUCUUCCAACGAACGGACGUAACUUCGUGGUCUGACCUCGAUGCCAUGUUUGCAGCCGCCCAGCAGCACUUUGGAUCCAUCGACAUUGUGUGCCCCGGAGCAGGGGUGUUUGAGCCUCACUGGAGUAACUUCUGGUACCCCCCUGGGACGGCGAAAUCCAAGGACGACCCAGCUGGAGGCAGAUACGCGCUGUUGGAUAUCAAUAUCACGCAUCCCGUCCGCGUCACGCAGUUGGCCAUUUCCCACUUUUUGGCAGCGGACCCGCCAUGCAGCGCUGAGAACCCCAAAUCGAUUGUUCAUAUCGCGAGCAUUGCAGGUGAGAGCGCCAGUCUCGCGUUCCCACUGUACUAUGUGAGCAAGCACGGCGUCCAGGCGUUGGUACGCAGCCUAGCCGAUCUGGAACAUCUGCACGGAAUACGUGUCAGCUGCGUGAUGCCUGGCGUGGUCAAAACACCCCUGUGGACCGACCACCCGGAGAAGUUGAAGAUUGUGAAGCAAGAAGGAGAAGGAGCAGAUACGUGGGUGACGCCAGAGGAGGUCGCCCAGGUGAUGCUCGCCUUGGUCAAGGACAAUGAAUGUCCAAGUGUUACCGCGAGCGCAAGCGCAGGCACCAAUGGCGUCAAUGGAGGGCAGAAGGAUAUGGUCCCGAUCAAGGGAGGCACUUGUCUAGAAGUGCUCGCGGGCGCCGUCAGGGAUGUGCCUCUCUAUAACAACAUCGGGCCGUAUGCGACAGGGAAGCAAGGUGCGAGCGUGAGUGACGGCGAGAAGAUCUACAGGGAGGUUCUUGGGGAGUUGAAGCCGGGGUGGGGGAAGUAUUGA